AUGGUGCGCGCCCGGGCGCCUGGCAGGGGGACAAGCCGCCGGGGCACCGCUGCAGCAGGCGGCAGCGACGGCGCCCCGGCCACCGCGCCUUGCACCGCGCCUCCCGCAGCUACCCCCGCGACUCUGGAUGAAGCCAUCGCCUCGGCAUCGGCGGCGGCGUCGUCGUCGACCAGCGCACCGGCGCGGCGCGGCGGCCCCCCGGCGGCCGGAGCCCGAACCGUCUCCGGCGGCCGUCUGCGGCCCAAGAUCCUGCGACGAGACGAGGUCGAGAGGGACAAGCUGGCGCGCCAGGAGGAGAAGAAGGCAAACGACAGGGCGGCCGCCGAGAGGAGGGCGCGCGGCCGCUCGCGGAAUCGAAGCAGGAGAAGUCGGGGCGACGCCAUGGGUGCCAGGGGCGGCAGGGGCGGCAUCACGACGGCGAGCGGCCCCUUUUCCAGCGGCUUUGCAGGAGCAGGCGCCCCCGGUGGCGGUUGGUUCGGCGGAGCAGGAGCAGGAGCAGGAGCAGGAGGAGCAGGCUACGGCGGCCGAGGCGCCCAGCCCGACUCCAAGGGCAAGGGGUUCGGCCAGGGCGACGCCCGACGGCGCGAGGCCCGCAUCAACGCCGACAAGCUGCACGUCAUGACUGCCGAAGACGACGACGAGCUCGACAGCGAGGACGAGGCCAUGAUGGCCGCGCUGAGCAGCCGCGCCGCGAGCACCAUGCCCAUGGGCAUCUACCGCCGGCAGCACCGGGAGCAGGGCGUCGUGGUGGCCACCACGGCCGAGCUGGAGGCCGCCGAGAAGGCCGCCGCGGGCGAGGAAGAGAGCCUGUGGGUCGACGGGGACGCCUCGGGGGCCCUGCCGCCCGUCGACGCGCCGGAAGACGGCGUCUGGGACACGGACGCCAAGCCAGUCACCAUUAAGAAGGAGCCUGGCUCGGAAGACCUCAUGGACCUGGACGCCGACAUCAAGCCCGCGCCCACAGACGACGACGACGACGACGACGACGAGGCUCAGGCGCCGCCGCCGCCGCCGCCGCUGCCGAGCGCCAAAAAGGACCUGCCCAGGGACCCCGAGGAGCGGACCAUCCAGACGGACCUGGACCUCCUGGCAGGCGAGCUGGGCGCCGUCACCGUCACCGACGACGCGGGCGGCACGCGGACCGAGGAGCCCGCCAACAAGGACGGACGGCUGUACCUGUUCCAGUUCCCGCCUCUCAUCCCCCCCCUCAGAGAGGCGGCCGCCGACCCCCGAGUCAAACGCGAGGCCGCGGACCUGGCGCACGAGCACGCAGACGACGAGCCGCAAGGGGAACAAGAAGACCAAGAAGACCAAGAAGACCGAGAAGAAGAAGAAGAAGAAGCAGAGGGGUUCCGCUCCCAGUUCCUGCCGCGCGGCGGCGCCGUCGGCAAGCUGCACGUCCGCCGGUCCGGCAGAGUCCAGCUCGACUGGGGCGGCAUGACGCUUGAGAUGAGCCCCGCCGCCGGCAUGAGCUUCCUCACCACCGCCGUCAUGGUGGAGGAGAGCGACGAGAAGGCCCAGCAGGGCGCGGCGGGCGGCGAAAGCAUCGGCAUGGGCAAGAUCAUGGGCCGGUUUGUCCUGGCGCCCACGUGGAGCGACGAGGAGGACUGGGACGUUGCGCCGGACGACCUGCUCCCGCCUCAAUAA